CAAGCUUCCUUCCAGCUUCCUCCUUCCCCCACCCCAACUUAUGCACGAUUGAUCUGUGCCUAGGGACCCUCAGCACCCCUCCUUCCCCAUACUACCCCCUGUACGACCCUUCUGACUGACUCUUCCCCAAAUGUUCCUGCUAGAUUCUUAAGACCAUGAUAUCUAUUGCCCUACAGCAUCAGUUUUUAACAGUUACAACUCCUUCAGGAAUCUAGUCUCAUUCUCUAACUCAUCUUCUUGAUUCCCCCCCUUGCCGUUUUCUCGAUGAUCCUUAUUCCCCUGCAGGAAGCCCAUUUAUCCCAGGCUCACAACUUUUCUUCUUAUGAGAGUCCCAACUUUUCUUAGGACCCUCCACUGGAUUCUUCCCUUUCUGCACCCUGGCUUUGUUACCACACCAGGAACUCCCUUUGGCAGUUUCUCCCCCAUCCCUGGCCCAGUGCCGGUUGUGAUGUCAGCCCAGGCUAAGGCUAGAACAUCCCGUUCCCAGACCUAGUUCUUGCUGUUGGCUGCAGCCUUCUUCCUUCUCCUGGCUCUGGUUUCAAAAAUACUUGGGGUUGAGAGAGAAAGCAUAGUUAGAAGAAAAAAAGGUCGGGGGGGGGGGGGGACGGAAAGGGAGGCUAGACAGACAAAUGGUUGUUUGCUAUAUUACUUCCCACUCCAGUGGGGAUAUUUAGUGUGCUAUGUAGUAUCUUGAAUUUAAAAGUGGUAGAGAAAAGGAAGAGGGAAAAUCUGAAUUCCUAGGAGAUAGGGAGCAAAUAGCCACUAGCAGUUGUUUGGGGUUGAGAAUCUUGUAGAAAAGGGGAUAGAGGUUAUCUUUUUCAGGUAGAGAUUUAGCUGAGUUUCUUGAAACCCAAGCAUCCACCUUGUCCCUUCUUCCCAUCUUUCUCCAACCUCCCCCCCCAAUACCCUAUUAUUUCUGCUUUUAGAGACUCAGAGAACAGAGUCUAGCAUAGUUCCUGCUCCCCACUUGAAAUGGUGUGUAUGCUGAGGUGGUUUAGGGAUGUGGAAGGUCAGGGUUGUGUACGAGGUCCGUUCCUGUUACUUAGUAAUGCUUUGGGGUCUUAUCCAGGCUGCUUUUGGAUCACAUAUCCCACUCAUAUUUCUACUUCUACUUGAAAGCAGCAAGGGCACAUGGGUUAGGGUGUGAUCUCCUCUACUGCACAAAAUGGGAGGAAAGAAGAAAAAUCAAUCACCCUGUUCUUCCUCCUCCUUUCCCUCUUCCAUUCCUUCUUCAGGGCCUCUGGGUUCCUCCAGCAACCGCUGAGCUCAGCCACUGACGUAGGUUGCCCCGGCUACAAUAGAGCCUUUAGCUGAAGUAUGUGGCUGGUGUAGUGUGCGCAUGUGCAGUGGAGGUGGACCCUCCUCCUGCCCCACCCCCAGUCUCCUUCCCUUUCCCAAGAUAAAAUUAGCCCCUGAGUCCUAAAUAUAGGAUCUUUUCUCCCAGUUUCACUCCCCUUUCAAAUAAAGGUGGAUUGUUCUCCACAGACAACCCAAUCAUGAAGUCAGUACCUUAAUGAGAAUUGAGGGGAAGUACUCACAUUCAACUCUCAUCUGUGUCAGGCUUGCUAUCUCAGGAAACUCAGGAGAGGGCUCCUAGGAUCCCAGAGCCAGGGACUUUAAUGACCGCCUGGUCCAACCCCUUCAUUUGACACAUAGGGAAACUUAGGCCCAAGGAGGUCUGCAAGUAAUUCAUUAAGUGCCUGCUAUCUCCUUGUCCUCAAGGAGCUUACAUUUUACUGUGGGAGACAACCUGUAAAUAACCAGGUAGAUACAAGAUAUAUACAGAAUAGAUGGAAGAUAAUAUGAAUGGGGCAGGAGAUGGGAAGGAGAAGUCUUCUGAAGGUGGGAUUUGAGCAGAGCCUUGGAGGCGGUGAGGAAAGAACCUUCUAGGCAUGGGAACAGCUAGGCCAAUGUGGCUGGAUCAUCAGAAGGAAUAACAAGACUAAGAAGGUUCCAGCAGUGAUCCUUCCCCACAGUCCUCACUGACUUCACCUCUUGCCACUGCUUCCUUCUCCUCUCCCCAACCAAGGAAACCCUGCCCUUAAGGGCUUUGCUGUAUUCCCUCGUGGUGGCCUCUCCCCCUUCACUGAUUUUUUCCCCCUGUCCUCCCCAUGGUACCACCAUGAAUGGCGCUGUUGAGGGAGGCAGUGGGGCAGGGGACCCAGGCCCUGGGCUUGGUGAAGGGUUUGAUUCAGGGGGAUCCCAAUCCCCUGGGCCCCCCGAACACAGACCCUGCCCUGGUCCUGGCCUAGCGGAUGAUACAGAUGCAAACAGCAAUGGUUCAAGUGGCAAUGAGUCCAACGGACCGGAGUCCCAGGGUACUUCCCAGCAUAGUUCUCACAGCUCUUCUUCUGGUCAUGGGAAAGAUUCUGCCCUGCUGGAGACGACAGAGAGCAGCAAGAGCACCAACUCUCAGAGCCCAUCCCCUCCAAGCAGCUCCAUUGCCUAUAGCCUCCUGAGUGCCAGCUCUGAGCAAGACAACCCAUCAACCAGUGGCUGCAGCAGCGAGCAGUCAGCUCGAGCACGAACUCAGAAGGAGCUGAUGACAGCCCUCCGAGAGCUGAAACGUAGACUUCCACCAGAACGCCGAGGAAAGGGUCGAUCAGGGACUUUGGCCACCCUGCAAUAUGCACUUGCCUGUGUUAAACAAGUCCAGGCCAAUCAAGAUUACUACCAGCAGUGGAACUUAGAGGAGGGGCAGUCUUGUUCCAUGGACAUGUCCAGCUACACUUUGGAGGAGUUAGAACACAUCACAUCUGAGUAUACUCUACGAAAUCAGGAUACUUUCUCUGUAGCUGUCUCUUUUCUCACCGGCCGGAUUGUCUACAUUUCGGAUCAGGCAGCUGUUCUUCUGCGCUGUAAGAGAGAAGUCUUCCGGGGUGCCCGGUUCUCAGAACUCUUGGCCCCCCAGGAUGUCGGUGUCUUCUAUGGAUCCACUGCCCCUUCUCGUCUGCCCACAUGGGGUUCCCGAGCCUCUGCUGGUUCAGGCCCCAUGGAUUUCACACAGGAGAAAUCAGUCUUCUGCAGGAUCAGAGGAGGCCCAGAUCGAGAUCCAAACCCCAGGUACCAGCCAUUUCGACUGACCCCCUAUGUGACUAAGAUCCAGCUUUUGGAGGGAGCCCCAGCGCAGCCGUGCUGUCUGCUGAUUGCUGAGCGCAUUCACUCUGGGUAUGAGGCUCCCAGGAUUCCCCCAGACAAGAGGAUCUUCACGACACGGCACACACCCAGCUGUCUGUUCCAAGAUGUAGAUGAGAGGGCUGCCCCGUUGCUGGGAUACUUGCCCCAGGACCUACUGGGAGCUCCAGUGCUCCUUUUCUUGCACCCUGAAGACCGACCUCUCAUGUUGGCAAUCCACAAAAAGAUUUUACAGCUAUCAGGCCAACCUUUUGACCACUCCCCCAUCCGCUUCUGUGCCCGAAAUGGGGAAUAUGUCACCAUGGACACCAGUUGGGCUGGCUUUGUCCAUCCCUGGAGCCGAAAAGUCGCCUUUGUCUUGGGUAGACACAAAGUUCGAACGGCUCCCUUAAAUGAGGAUGUAUUCACUCCCCCAGCCCCUGUCCCAGUCCCCUCAAGAGCUAUGGACCCAGACAUCCAGGACCUCUCAGAACAGAUCCAUCGACUACUGUUACAGCCAGUCCAUAGUGUGAGUCCCACAGGGAUGUGUGGAUUAGGCCCUCCCACCUCUCCUGGUCCCUUUUUGAGUCCUGGCUCAUCCAGCGACAGCAAUGGUGGAGACACUGAUCAUCCUGGGCCCCCUGUUCCUGUGACAUUCCAGCAGAUCUGUAAAGAUGUACAUCUUGUGAAGCACCAGGGUCAGCAGCUUUUCAUUGAUUCUCGGUCCCAACCCAACUGGCCCCCAUGCUCAGCUCCAGAUUCUUUCAAGACCAGGGACCUCCCAGGCAGACCCUCGGAACCAGCUCCUGGACUGAACCAUGUUCGGCCUCUUGUGGUCAAUACUACCCCUGAGGAUUCAGAGAGAAAAGAACCAUCCAAUUGUUCCUACCAGCAGAUCAAUUGUUUGGACAGCAUUAUCCGUUACCUGGAGAGCUGUAAUGUCCCUAAUACAGUGAAGAGGAAAUGUGCCUCCUCCCACACGGCAUCCUCCACCUCUGAUGAUGACCGACAGAAGGCAGGCCAGAGCUCUGGAGCACCCAAGAAAGAUCCGCCAGAAGAGCUGUCUCGGGAGGGGGCCCCCCUCCAGAAGGAGCCAGUGGUAGGAAGUCCACUGACCCCACUCGCUCUUGCCAAUAAGGCGGAGAGUGUGGUAUCCAUCACCAGUCAGUGUAGCUUCAGCUCUACUAUCGUCCAUGUAGGAGACAAGAAGCCCCCGGAGUCGGAUAUUGUCAUGAUGGAGGAGUUACCUGGCCUGACCUCUGGUCCAGCUCCCAGUCCAACAAUGGCCAUUCCUGACCCCACUCCUGAUGCCUACCGCCCUGUGGGAUUGACCAAAGCUGUACUGUCACUUCAUACACAGAAAGAGGAGCAGGCCUUCCUCACCCGAUUUAGGGAUCUCAGCAGACUCCGUGUCUUUGAUACCCCUUCCAUGGGACCUUCACCCCCUGUCAAUAGAGGCUGCUGCCAUGGUCCCACUCCUCCUGGCCGACGCCAUCAUGGCAAAUCAAAAGCCAAACGUUCAAGGCACCAUCAGCUUCCUCUGACUGAGACCCCUGGCUAUAGCUCUCAUACUUCCCCAACACCUCCCAACACUCCAUGGCCCUCUCAACCCAACCCACCCACAUCUGCUGCUUUCCCAACAGUGGUGCAAACCUACCCACUACCUAUUUUUUCAUCCAGAGGUUGCCCCCAACCUUCAGCUCCUACUCCAUCCCCACCCUUUUCUUCCCCUUUGGUAACUCCUAUGGUGGCCUUGGUCCUACCCAACUAUCUGUUCCCUUCUCCCCCCACCAGUUACCCCUGUGGGGUUCCUCAGGCUCUAUCAGAUAGGCCUCUCACUCCAGCAGCCUGUACACCUUCCCCAAUAUUACCUCCUAUGCCACCUAGCCCCCCUGAGUGCCCUGAUUCACCCCUGUUCAACUCACGGUGCAGUUCCCCACUCCAACUGAAUCUGCUGCAGCUUGAGGAAACUACCUGGGGGGAAGGGGGAGCAGUUGGGGAAACUGGGAGCAAUUCCAGGCCACCUGCUCCAGGAGAAGAGGCUACACAGCCAGAGACUGGACUGGUGGAGAUGAAUGACUCCUCUAAUCAGGAUGCACUGUCAGGCUCCAGUGACCUGCUGGAACUGUUGCUUCAGGAGGACUCCAGAUCUGGCACUGGCUCAGCUGUGUCGGGCUCCCUGGCUUCUGGCUCUGGCUCCCGUGGUGGGAGCACCUCAGCAAGCAUCACCCGCAGCAGCCAAAGCAGCCACACCAGCAAGUACUUUGGGAGUAUAGACUCCUCUGAGGCUGAGCCAACAGGGGCCCAGGUUGGAGUGGACCCAGGGGCAGGACCUGGGGAGCAGGUCAUUAAGUAUGUUCUGCAGGAUCCCAUCUGGCUACUCAUGGCUAAUGCUGACCAUAGGGUCAUGAUGACUUAUCAAGUGCCCUCCAGGGAUAUGGCUUCAGUUCUGCAACAGGACCGAGAGAGGCUCCGUGCCAUGCAAAAGCAACAGCCCCGGUUUUCAGAAGAGCAACGUAGAGAGCUGGGUGCUGUGCAUGCCUGGGUGCGGAAAGGCCAGCUGCCCCAGGCCCUGGAUGUGAUGGCUUGUGUAGAUUGUGGCAGCAGCACACCAGAUCCCCAGUAUUCAAAUGACACACUCUUCCCUGAGCUGGAUGGACUGGGGCUGGAGCCAAUGGAGGAGGAUGGUGGUGGGCCCUCCCCAGACACAGCCAUGAAUGAAGAGGAACAAGGUGGGGAGCUACCUACUUUGGAAUUACCUGCUCUGAAAACCACCAGCUAAACACUCAUCUCGGGCCAUCGAGAGAGUCUUGGCCUUACCUCUGUCAUUGCAAUAGGGGAAAGAACAAAUGAAAAGCUUCAUCCUCAAGACAACAGGAGAUUUGCUUUUGCCUUUCAGGCAUCCAGGGACAGAUAACCCUGAAUUUUGGCCCUUUCUAAUUGAACAAUCACAGUUCUGCCUCUUCCUAAGGGACAGCCGAGGGUAAGCGGUUGGGGCUUCUUAGGGACCAGCCAAAAAGAGGUCUCCCUCUUCAUCCCAUUGGAGACAAUUCCACUGACAAAGGAAUAAAUCCUACUUAAAGAGUAGGAUAUCUUUCUAAAUUCCAGCUGAGCAGGAAGACUGAUUGCUGCUUCAGGUGUGGGAACUCUUAACUACUUAUUUAUUGGGGAACUCUCCCUUGGUCUUUUCCUCAAAGGCCUGAUUCCCUCCCCAUCCCCCACUGUUGGUGGGGGAUGGGGAGGGGUUAGGCAUCAGGGAAUGAGUACCUGAGGCCCAAGCAGGCCCAAGGUAUCCAGAUCCCUAGCUCCCUUGUGUUGGGGAGAGUAGAGGACUAUGGGUCCCUGGUGCUGCCGCCCCUUAGGGUGGGACCCAGGUGUCUUCAACUGUGCCCCAUCCCCCCAUCCCCUUAGUGAUAUUUUUGUGUUUUUGAUAGUCAUGUCUGUCUCUUUUGAUAUAAAACAGAAAACCUGUAA